AUGGCGACUGACAAGGACAGCCACGCCGGUAGCUCUGACAGCGAUGACCUAGACAUCAUCAAGACAAGCAGAGCUCAGUUAAGUCUGUCACAGUAUAUCGAUCAUGUCACGCAGACGCAGAGUCAGCAUGCAUCCGCGGACGCAGGCUCAGAUACCGCUGAAGACGUAGAAGACGACAGAUCAAGGGAUGAAGCAACGUCAGACACAUCACAAAAAUCGCCGAAAAGGAUGAGGGUAGAAUGGUCCGACGAUGAUGAGGCCCUUCCUACAAAGCUGGCAGAGUCUGCAUCCGAGGCUUCUGAAAGCGAGGACCCUGAGGCUGCCUACAACGCCUUCAAGAACCGUAAAACCGUCCAGCGGAAGAAAGUCGCAGCUGACACGCGUAAAGCUAAAGCAGCAGUCUCAAAACGGACAUCCAACAAGACGGCUAUCGUUGGGCGAAAACCGAGGAGACCCAUGAAAGAUGAGACUCCCGAUGAUCGCAAGAAGAGAAAGGAGUUUGGAAUGGGUUCGGACUCAGCGCCGUCCUCUGAAGACGAACUUCCGAACGAUGCACCCGAGUAUGUCAAGCGCCGGAAAACAAAAUUUGAUAGAACGCAGGCGAAGAACUGGGGUGCUGCGUUUAGAUUUGCGCCGGAUUAUGAGGAUGUUGAGUUUUCUGAGGAUGACGAAAGUCGCUUGCAGAAGAAGCCUCAGAUGAAAGAUAUCAAACCCCAGAGAGUAAAUGAAGACAUCCUCAUGGAUCGCACAGGUGGCAUCAUACCAGCGCCGAUUGCUCGCUGGCUGCGGGACUACCAGGUCGUAGGCGCGGAGUUUCUCCACGAAGCCUUUGUCCGCCAGCGAGGGGCUGUUUUGGGCGAUGACAUGGGUUUGGGCAAAACGAUUCAAGUCAUUGCUUUUCUCACAGCUGCAUUUGGCAAGACGGCAGAUGAGCGCGAUAAGAAGAGGAUGCGGAGGGUUCGCCGUAUGAACGACGACCGAUGGUAUCCCAGGAUUUUGAUUGUUUGUCUGGGAAGUCUCAUGCAAAACUGGCAAGACGAGCUGGACAAAUGGGGCUGGUGGCAGGUCGACGUCUAUCAUGGACAACCAAGCGACCGAGAAGCUGCUCUGCAGGCCGCGAGCAGGGGAAGGCUGGAGAUCAUGAUCACCACCUACUCAACAUACCGGAUCAACUGUAGUUCCAUAAACACUAUCGACUGGGACUGCGUUAUAGCAGAUGAGUGCCAUACUAUCAAAUCUGGCAGCUCCGGCGUUACCAAGGCAAUGAACGAAGUCAACGCACUUUGUCGCAUCGGCCUCACUGGAACUGCUAUUCAGAACAAGUAUGAGGAACUCUGGACUCUCCUCAAUUGGUCUAAUCCCGGGCAGUUCCGCACACGUACUGAGUGGAAGUACGAAAUCAGUGAUCCACUGAAGGUUGGUCAGGCACAUGAUGCGACGAACGAUCAACUUGCCAAAGCACGGAGAACCGCAGAGAAGCUCGUCAAGGACGUCCUACCGAAUGUGUUCCUUCGCCGGAUGAAGACACUCAUAGCGGACCAGCUUCCCAAAAAGAGCGACAGAGUGGUCUUCUGUCCACUUACCGAUAUGCAGGCAACGGCCUAUGAGAAUUUCGUCAACAGUGAGAUCGUGGAGUACAUCAGUCGUUCAUCUGACAUGUGCGAUUGCGAUAGCGGCAAGAAGCGCGGUUGGUGUUGCUAUAUAGACGUUCCCGGUCAUGGGCCCUGGAAGAACCUCGCCUUUCCCGCCAUGAUAGUUCUCCAGAAAAUCGCAAAUCAUCUUGCCCAGUUACUACCGUCCGGUACAGAUCCCCCAGAAAAACAGUCCAAAGACCUCGAUAUCCUUCAAAUUGCUAUGCCUGAGGAGUGGAAGGAGCUCUAUCGCAACAAGGACAGCUUAUUGAAUUAUUCCCGUCGCGCCUUUUGCGGCAAGUGGAAGAUCCUGAAGAAGUUACUGGAAUUCUGGCAUUCAAACGGAGACAAAGUCCUUGUUUUCUCGCACUCUGUUCGCCUACUCCGAAUGCUCAAAGCCCUAUUUGACAUCGACGGAACGCAGUACAAUUUCUCCUACCUAGACGGCAGCAUGAGCUACGAUGACCGGGCCAAAGCAGUCGCAGACUUCAACGCCGAUCCAAGCCGCUUUGUCUUUCUUAUUAGCACUCGUGCCGGUGGUGUUGGUCUAAACAUCACCUCGGCAAACAAGGUCGUUGUCAUGGAUCCCAAUUGGAACCCUUCCUACGACCUACAGGCGCAGGACCGCGCAUACCGCAUUGGCCAGACACGAGACGUUGAGGUCUUCCGGCUUGUGUCGGCGGGCACGAUCGAGGAAAUCGUAUAUGCUCGGCAGAUCUACAAGCAGCAGCAAGCCAACAUCGGAUACACAGCUAGUGUAGAGCGAAGAUACUUCCGCGGGGUAGAUGGCGAGAAAGGCAAGAAAGGAGAAAUAUUCGGACUGAAGAACCUAUUUGCUUUCCAAAACGACGGAUACGUCCUCCGAGACAUCGUUAACAAGACGAAUCUUGCAGAAGUCAAGGCCGGGGUUAGUGUCGUUGGAGUCGAUCUAGAGCCCAACAGUGACGACGAGGAUGACGAUGACGAGAGUAGCGUCUUCAGUGAUGCAGUUUUCAAAGAAGACGACGAUGAUGCUUCCGCUAAGUCGAACAGUCAAAUCAAGAAAUUCGCGCAGGCCUUCAUCAGUGGUGGCGAGACAAGGGGCCGAAAGAGCAAGAGAUCCAAGCACGGUCCUGACCCCGUCAAAGCCAUCUUAGCCCGCGCAGGCGUCGAGUACACCCACGAGAAUUCGGAGGUCAUCGGCCAAAGUAAAGUCGAAGCAAAGUUGAGCCGCAAAGCACGAGAGCUGGCAAAUGACAUCGAGCUAGGGUCGAGAAAGGUGUUUCAAGUAUCGCAAAGCCAGGCAAUAAACGAGGACGGAGAAGAAGAGAUUGAAAAUAGUGACAUGGACUCGGAUGUUCAGGAGCUGAAGGUCAGCUAUAAGUACAAACCGCCAGAGAAGGUCAGGAUCAGGCAAUUUUGCGAGAUUGCGAGGUUUGCGGGGUGUGAUAGUCCGGUGGACUUUGCGCUGGCGGUUGAAAGUAUGACGCAGGAGGAGCGAAGGAAGAUGCUGGACAGGUUUUAUCGGAAGAGGAGGCAAAAGCUGUUUGGUAUUGGUGGGGGAUGAGAUGAGUCUAUUCAUUUGUGCGAGUCUUUCCCAUCACCGAGUCCUUGCGCUCCAAGUUUUCCUGCGAUCAAUAUACCACGCCCCCCUCUCUCAUACCUCUACCAUAGUCUACGCCGUCCGCCUUCUUGAGGAAACACAGAAACCAAUCGAGUUUGACAAUCAAAGCAAAAGGCUAAGUCACAUGUUGAACCAAGAAGCAAAACCUUACUAC